AUGCGGCGGUGUCGGGGCGCGGGGCUGGCGGCGCUGGCCGCGCUGCUGCUCGUGGCUUCAGGCAAAGCCCAGGUGCAGCAGGAGCCAUUCCUGGAGACCACCGAGGGCACCGGCAUCGCAGUCAACUGCUCACACCCCAGCAAACGGAGUGGCUAUUACGUCCAUUUUUACCGUCAUCUCCCUGGCCAAAGCCCCGAAUUCCUGGCACUCGCUGCUAGAGGGUCCAAGGAUGUUCCGGCCAUCGCAGGAAAGCUGUGGGUGUCGGAGGACGGGCGUUGGAGCGCGCUGUGGCUCGGGCGGCCCCGGCGCGGGGACGCGGCCGUGUAUUACUGCGCGCUGGGCCACGGGCGGCUCCGCAGCUCCUUCGUGUGCCCCGAGCCCGCGGGGGCACAGCGACACCGCACAGCCCGCCACGGCCCCGACACACGGCUGCCAGCCUGCCUGCUGCGGGACACGGCCGCCACACACGGCCCGCCCUGCCCUCGCUCCCUCGGCCGCCUCUGCCUCACACGAAACUGCUGCGCCAGCAGCCUCUGCCAUCGCCUGCAGCCCUCCGGCCACGGCUGCUGCUGCUGCUCUCAGCCUGCUUUGCAAAGCAAAGAGCUGCUCCGGGACAGCGUCUGUGCUGGGAGCUGA